GAGUCCUUAACUCUUGGGUAAUGGUGGCAAGAUAAACCUGUAAAAGCCAUGGUAACAUUCAGCGACACGACUGACAUCCACAAGAUGCAGCCACCAUCUUGUAUACCUACUCCACUGUCGCCAGGUUUGCGGCGCAAACAACUGCUGUGGCAAAACGCUGUGAAACAUAUCAUCAGCCAGCGGGGGAUGAGACAGCAGUUUGGCGUUGAGCCAGCCCGGAAAAUUCAUGUCACUGAUGCCUAUAUCGAGGAAAUCAACCAACAGAUACGCAGCAAAGCAUCACGGGGUAUGACUAAACGGCGUUCCUCGGUUGCCAGAGUUCAUCCAUCGUUUUUCGGGGAACGUAGCAGUGCAUCCAGUACUCAAACUGGAACAUCUGCGGACUAUGUCAGUGAUGCUGACUUUUUUGUCCACUGGGGCCAUAUCAUCCACGGGGUGUAUGUGCCAACAUUGAGACACAUCUUCAAAUCCAAAGACCUUGAGAAACUCUACCAGCGCCAUUCCUCACAUACUAGAAGAACCUCAUUAGUUGUCACAAACAUUAUUGAUGCAGCUGCCAAACUGCACCUACUUUUGCUCUACCUGGCCCUGGUGCCGGACAGUUCAGACAUACUGCUAGGCUGGUGUACGGGGUUUUUCAUGGCUUGUGCAAUUGCCCUGUGUGUUUUAGUACUCACCUGUAAACGCUCACACUCCCCAAGAUGGUUGCAUUACGCAGGUAUGGCUAGCUGGCUGUCACAGACUACUCAAGUGUUGGGUGGGCUGGCAUACGGGUUGGAAAAAGACCAGUCCUGGUAUGUACUUUUCACCCUGUUUGCCACAUACACUCUAUUGCCAUUGCCACUGCUCUGGGCUAUCGGAGCUGGCACACUCACCUCCAUACUGCACCUCACUGCAGAGACAAUACGUCACAUCAGCGAAGUGGGACUGCUAAGAAAGAUUCUCGCCAAGGCUUUACUAUACACAAGCAUGAAUGUGGCAGGUCUGUUCAUUCAUUACCUGACUGACCGGUCCCAAAGACAAGCCUUUCUUGAGACACGCCGCUGCAUUGAAGGCCGCAUGAAACUAGAAACAGAAAACCAGAGACAGGAGCGUUUGGUGCUGUCGAUCCUGCCCCGCUUUGUUGCCUUGGAGAUGAUUGCCGAUAUGACUUCUAUGGAUGAUGAUCUUGAUCCACAGCAAUUUCAUAAAAUAUAUAUCCAUCAGUACAAAGAUGUCAGUAUCCUCUUUGCGGAUUUAAAGGGCUUCACACUGUUAUCCAUGAACAUGUCUGCUCAGGAGUUAGUGCGCUUACUUAAUGAGCUCUUUGGACGUUUCGACCGUCUAGCCGAGGAAUAUGACUGCUUGAGAAUAAAAAUCUUAGGGGACUGUUACUACUGUGUAUCUGGGGUACCAGAGCCUCAGCGAGCACAUGCCCGCUGCUGUGUGGAGAUGGGACUAGCUAUGAUCAGCACCAUUCGAUCUGUAAGGAAACAACUGAACUUUGAUAUGGAUAUGCGAAUUGGGAUCCACUCUGGCUCUGUUCUUUGUGGGGUGCUGGGUCUACAAAAAUGGCAGUUUGAUGUGUGGUCUUGGGAUGUAGGCAUUGCCAACAUGCUGGAAGCAGGGGGGAUCCCUGGACGCAUCCACAUUUCACGUGCUACUUUGAACUGUCUGGAUGGAAGCUACCAAACGGAGGACGGGCGUGGAUAUGAGCGCAAUGAGUUCCUACGAAAACACAAGAUUGACACUUUCCUUAUCUGCCACAAGGAGGAGGAUCUAGAAGAAAUGGAAGCAGAUCAUUUAAAAACUCAGCAAAACCACCGCCCCUGGAACAAAGAGAUCUUGGCCUCCUUCUCCCAAGGCUCUUACACACAACUUCCUACAUCCUCAGUGUGCAGGUCUACAUCCAAGGAGAUCAACAAACGGAUAGAGCAUGCUAUCGAUCUUCGCAGCAGUGAGCGCAUGCGUCAGGAGCACAUCACUUCAGCCACGUUGGUGUUUAAAGAUACACACAUUGAGGAGAAGUUCUCUCAGGUAAGGGAUGAGAUGUUUAAGACCAAUCUAGUAUGCUCCUUCAUCAUGUUUCUUCUUCUCAUGGCCGUCCAAGCCCUCAUUCCUGUACCCAGGUUGUAUUACUGGACAGCAUUGCAGUUCUGUCUGUUCUUGCUGGGAUAUCUCUUAUUGCUUAUGAUGGUCUUGGCUGAAGAGUUCAAACAUUCUCCCAGUGUCCUUCAGCAGUUCUGCUGCUGGAUCCAUGAAAACAACAGUAUGCGGAACCUUCUCACUGUCACAGCUAUAGCCAUCAACUUUGGCAUGGCUCUGUUUGACAUGAUGUGGUGUAACUCUACUGAGACAAGAGAAAGAAGCACCAGUGAAACAGAGGAAUAUCAGACCAGCCAGAAGCCACUUACUGCCUGCACGUAUCCAGAGUUCUUCGUUCUAAGUGGGGUGGUUUCUAUGGUGACCUGUGCUGUGUUCCUGAGGCUGAGAUCUCUCUUAAAGUUGGCUAUUCUGUUGUUGGUGGUGGUGAUCUAUACUUACUUCAUUGAAGUGUCCUUCCACAUGCUGUAUGUACAUUAUCCAGAGCAGGAACAGUCAGGCAGGUCUCAAUACCUCAGAAGAAAGGGAGUCUCAAUUCUGUUGAUGGCAAUGUUUGUCAUAGCUGUGUUCUACAAUGGUCGACGGUGGGAAGCAACAACACGCCUAGACUUCCUGUGGCGUUUGCAAGCUCAGCAGGAAGUGCAGGAGAUGAGAGAUCUGAGGGAACACAAUGAGUGUCUGCUGCAUAACAUCCUGCCUGCACACGUUGCUCGUCAUUUCCUUGAAAGGAACAGAAAUGAUCAGGAGCUGUAUUCUCAUUCCUAUGAUGAGGUGGGAGUAAUGUUUGCCUCCAUCGCUGGCUUUAAUGAAUACUACGAGCAGAAGGAGAUCAAUCACGGGGGAGUUGAGUGUCUCAGACUGCUCAAUGAGAUCAUUGCAGACUUUGAUGAGCUGUUGGAGGAGACAUAUUUUUUUGACAUUGAGAAAAUCAAAACCAUUGGGAGUUGCUACAUGGCAGCGUCUGGUCUAUCACCUGAUAAACAGUCUCGUGUUGUAAAUGACUGGCAUCAUCUCAGUGAGUUGGUUCUGUUCGCUCUGGCUAUGCAAGAGACCCUGAAAGAGAUCAACAAAAGACAUUCCUCAAACAAUUUCCAGCUCCGCGUUGGAAUUGCCCACGGCCCUGUUGUUGCUGGAGUCAUCGGUGCCACCAAACCCCAGUAUGAUAUCUGGGGCAUGACAGUGAAUUUGGCAAGUCGAAUGGACAGUACUGGAGUCAGUGGAAAGAUUCAGGUCCCUGAGGCCACACGUAAUAUUCUAGCGGACUGGGGCUUUGUGCUAGAGUUGCGUGGUGAGAUAUACAUAAAGGGCGUCAGUGAGAGAAAGGGACAUGUCCGAACAUACUUCAUCAGCACUAAAAGGCGGCAGCUGUCAAGCAAUGGGAUUGCAGACAGAGGAAAGAACGGACGGAGUGGGAGGACCACUCUCGCCGCUGUGGUCUUUGGCCUUUUACAGGCCAUUCACAGAGAGAAACAGAGAGGUACCAAUGGAGGUUUCACUCUGCCAAACAACAAAUUUAACAACUUCAAAUUAUGAUAUGAAACCCCAAACCAGUAUUUACCAUAACUUAAUUGGACACUCAGUUGAAACACUGCCUUCAUCUUCAAAAGGAUACCUCAAAUAUCUUAUAAAAUCCUUAUGUGGACUUGUCUAUAGAACACAAGUAGAAUAAUGACUAUUUUUUUUGUACCGAUUUCAUAAAUACUGUAUAUUUUCAUAAAUUUCACUUGGGCCACACAUUUGUGAUCCUGGACCACAAAACCAGUCUUAAGUGUCAAUUUUUACGAAAUUGAGAUUUAUACAUAAUCUGAAAAGCAUAAUAUGGUUUGUUAGAAUCAGAUAAUAUUUGGCCGAGACACAACUAUUUUAAAAUCUGGAAUCUGAGGGUGCAAAAAAAUCCAAAUAUUGAGAAAAUCACCUUUAAAGUCGUCCAAAUGAAUUCUUAGCAAUGCAUAUUACUAAACAAAAAUGACGUUUUGAUAUAUUUACAGUAGUAAAUUUACAAAAUAUCUUCAUGGAAUAUGAUCUUUACUUAAUAUACUAAUGAUUUUUGGCAUAAAAGAAAAAUCUAUAAUUUUGACCCAUACAGUGUAUUUUGGGGUAUUGCUACAAAUAUACCCCAGCGACUUAAGACUGGUUUUGUGGUCCAGGGUCACAUUUAGUAAGGUUCUUGAUACACUACAUGCUUUGAAAAUUUGCAUAUAUAUAUAUUUUACUCUACUUACAGCCAUGUUCAGAUAAUCAUGUGAAAAAGAAUUUUUACAGUUUACAAGAAUUUUUCCUCAUCCAUGCCAUGAUAGCAUAAAAAUACCUCAUAUGUACCAUAGAUACAAACUGUGCACAAACUGUUACUUCUUUGAGUUCUAUGAUCUCUAAAAUUAUUUUGUAUCUCACAGGAAUAAUAAAGAAGAUUCAGAAAAUUUUUACAUUUUUUAAUGUCUAUUUGUUUUUAAGGGUAAAAUAUAGUUUUAUAAUAUAGUAUAAUAAUAAUCUUUACUUUUUCUGAAUAUAAGAGGGUUUUUUCUGAUUUUCAUUUAUAUUAAUAUACAUUUUAAUGCCAUUACAAUGUAAAAAUACAUGUGUAAAAGCCAUUUUAUGUUGCCUUUGUACUGAACUAUACUGUUUUAUAUACCAAAAUAUCUACCACCUUUAUCUACCAAAAUACACUUAUUAAUAAUCAGUGUUGUAUUGAAAACAUAAAAUGUCAUACUUAACACCCACACAGAUUAACUGGUUUUAUAGUCUUUUGUAGCAAUUGCUUUAUAUUUCACUGUAAUGUACAUUGAUAACACCAUGGUAUUCUUUCUUCUAGUACUAUGCAACUAUUUACAUGCAUUUGUAUAAUGAAACAA